AUGUCUGACGCGGAAAAACUCGUGGAGGCUGGGCUCAAGUACCCAGCUGAUCCACUUAUUCUUCGACCCCGUGUGGGCGGCGACUUACUUAGGGCGUCCAAUCGUCCUGCUGGAAGCUUUUGUUGGCCGCGUAAUUUCAUCCUUCGUAUAACACUCAUCUCCGUCAUCCUGACAACGAUAGCUGGCUGCAUUCUCAUUAUCUUCGCUCUGCGCCACUCGAAUGCCUGGCCAUGGUACCGACAGCAUUACCGUGGUGGCGCCACCGGUUUCUGUCGCGCAUUGACGUCGUACCCAGGCUUCGAAGUGGAAGAACGCUAUGUGUAUGAACCCAGUGCCGUCACCAUUACACAUGGACCCGUAGCAGGGUUCCCGUCGGCAUCGAUUUUCCAUUUGCUAAACGACUUCAUGACAGUGAUACGUACGAAUGGCACGUGCUAUGCUUACCCCCUUAACCGCGAAGUCGUCGAGGCUAUUCCCGUAGACGAUGGGGUUGUAGAACGCAUGAAGGAAACCACCGACAUGAAGUUCAAGUCGCCCUUCGGUCUGCGUGUCUUCAUGAUGAGGCCGGGGCUUGGGUCGAGCGUGCGAAUAACCCACCCAGCCGCCGCCGCAAACUGCUCCGACGUGCCCAUCAUCUCCCUAGUCGAGAUGCUCCUCUCCGAGGCUUCAAUGCAACUGGAUCCGGGCGCCGAGGCGGUUUCGCUGCCCGUCGAGUGUCCCAAGGAGUGCCCGCGCGACGUGAGCCGCGACGGCGUCGGUCUGCCCCGCCAGGUCUGCCGAUGUCCCCCGAAAGCGGACCCACCGACCGACUUGUUGAAGGGCAACCGCGCUGCGCCACUGUCGCUCGACGACGAGGGCAGAGCUGGCGCCAACGACGCCAAUGUCGUCCGACUCCCCGACGACGACGACAACGACGAUGACAUCGACGAUUCCUUCGACUUGGUCGACAGCAGCCUCGACGACAGCAACGCCUGGCUUCCUGAAGACGACGGUGAGCUCUUACGCAGCCGACGCGCCGCCACCGACCUGCACAAUUUGGAACCGCCAAUCAAAAUACCGUCCGGCUGUCGCGUCCACGACAAGGUGCUCGGAGGCGCGAUGCCUAACGAGCCCACCCACACCCUCCCGAUUAUGACGAUUGUCAAGUGCUAG